GUCAGCGCCGCUGCUCCUCCUCGGCCGGCAGUCGCGCCCGGGACCUCGCGGCGUCGCUGCGGCCACGCCGGCGCGCCUCCGUUCGCACCGGGCUACGUUACUUCUCACACAGUAUUACCUCGCACUCUACGGCUUCCCACGAACGACAGCAUUAGACUCUUGUUCUGCACAGUGUUAUUCUUACACUUAACCUAUCACGUCUGAACUGCCACUCACGGAAGUCUUUCAGAUUGUGCAGCUCCAGAGUCUCACUCUGAGAUCGGAUAAAUAAAUGAUCAGGGUACCUCCCCCACAGUUUGUUCAGAAUAGACGUCUCUCGUGCAAUUUUCUUCUUUCACUUAGCGAUUCGUUAUAAAUUUCACACUCAGCUGCCUAAUACUGAUGCCGAAGACGACGUCUUGCUCUCGGUACGUAUAAGACGUAUUCGCUUGCCUUUCGCUACAUCUGUGGAUACACUUGCGCCAGCGACGCGGCAGAGGAAGAUAGUUCCGCUAUCGGGCAGAGCAGUCGACCUUGCGAACCCUUGGCACUGCUCCAGUUCCAGAAGUGUCAGUCUUGACGAACUGAGUUACGUGCGAAGGAGUCGGCAUCACUUAAGAGGGAAUUAUCUCGUAUAGAUAUUGCUACUACUAUAAUAGUCGCGGAUUGUUUGUGCUCGGGACAGACUUCUGCCUGCUGACAUGUUACACAAGCUCGCCGCCUAGACUGCCGCCUACCUACCAGUCACACGACGUCUGACGGUUUCUGCAGAUGGCCUCCUAUCAUCAGUUCCUGGGCUUCGCGCUGCUCACCCUGGCAGGCGUGUGGUCGCCCGGCCAGUGCCUGCACGACGUGCGCAUCUCGGUGCCGCGCCACGUGCUGCGGGGGCGGUCCGCGCGGCUCGCGUGCCACUACCAGCUGGGCGAGGAGCGGCUGUACUCCGUCAAGUGGUACAAGGGUCGGCACGAGUUCUACCGCUACACGCCCAGCGAGCAGCCCAGCAAGAAGGCCUUCCCGCCGCUCGGCAACCACGUCGACCUGAAGCAGAGCACUGCGACUCACGUGACGCUGAUCAACGCUGACGAUUCUCUGACCGGCCAGUACAUCUGCGAGGUGUCGGCAGAUGCGCCCUCCUUCAACACAUUCGUCGUCACCGACAGCAUGGACGUAGUGGACGCUCCUCGGCAGCGGCCCCACCUGAGCGGUCUGCGCACUCGCUACCGGCCCGGGGACAUCCUCAACGUCAACUGCACCGCAGGCGCCAGCAGGCCGCCGGCUUCACUUACCUUCAUAGUCAACGACGCCCAGCUGGACGAGCGCAGCGUGCGGCCGCUGCCGGCGCUGGAGGAGGGCCUCUCCGGGCUGAACCGGUCUCGGCUGGCGCUGCUGCUGCCGGUGACGGCGUCGCUGGCGCCGCGCGUGCGCGUCCGCUGCGUGGCCAGCAUCGGCGCCGUCUACUGGCAGAGCGCCGAGAAGAGCGCCGCCGUCGUCGCGCCGGGCCAGCACCGCCAGCAGCCGCCGCACGAGGGCGCCGCCGCGGGCUCCGGCGACUGGACCGGCCUCGACUCCGGCUCCGACGACGACUCCGACGACGCGGACGCCGACGCCGAGCUGGAGGAGCAGAGCGAGGGGCGCCAGCACCUGCUGCACGGCAGGGGACACCACCAGCACAGCGUGGUCGCCGCCGCCGCCACCGCUGCGCCCGCCGACGUGCGCCACGCCGGUGAGCUGCCCACAGUACAGACAGGUGAGUCUACCGGAGCGACGGGCGGUCAGCUGUGUGCGGGCAGCUGGUGGCCCCUGUUGGCGACCUCCGUACAGCUGCCGAUGCUGCUCGCCGCCGCACUCACGUGAGCCGAGCGCGCCGUCCCCGCCGUUGAAGAGCCCUUAUUCUCCGUUACCUUCCUGUCUGUUAUAGCAUUACGCGCCUCUCAUCAUUGUUCGCCAUAGCUCUCUAUCGAUGUUGUACAUAGCAGUAUUUGAAAUGCUGUUCCAGAUUUUAGAGCAAUAAAGUAUUUCUA